AUGUCUGCAUGGUCAGCUCCAAUUCCUUUCCAAGGUUCUGCUUCCAGUCCAGAAAUUUCCUCUCAGAGCAACAUGACCAGCAAUCGGAGACUGCAGCAGACACAGGCUCAAGUGAAUGAGGUGGUGGACAUCAUGCGGGUCAACGUAGACAAAGUACUAGAAAGAGAUCAGAAGCUUUCAGAACUUGAUAACCGAGCAGAUGCUUUGCAAGCAGGGGCCUCACAAUUUGAAACCAGUGCAGCUAAGCUGAAGAGGAAAUACUGGUGGAAAAACUGUAAGAUGAUCAUUAUCCUGGGUGUAUUAUGUGCAAUCAUUCUUAUCAUAAUUAUAAGUGAGUAA